AGCGAGCGACGCGUAUGAGUUACAGCUUUUGUUGAUGUUUACCUAUUGAUUAUAACUGAAUUAUCUAAAAGUAGAGACUAAGUAACAGUGUAAGUGUAAGUGUAGUAUGUUCAGACAAGUGAAGAGAAAGACUACUGGAAGAAGAAACUUCGAAGAAAGUGUUAGCGGAGACAUUCAACAGAAACUUGAAGGACUCUAUCAGCAUCGAUUAUCAUUUUAUGAUAUUCCACCUCUACAAGAGAUUACCCUUGAAGAUUUUGAAACAUGGUCAAUUGAUAGAUUAAAAUUAUUGAUUGAAAUCGAGAGUUGUGUAGCACGAUCUAAAUCUUUAAAGGAUAUAGAAGCAUCUAUUAGACCAUUACUUUUAAAAUAUUUACCAAUGAAUUCAAGUGGUGAUGCAUGUUUACGAGAAAGAAUGAAAGAUCAUUAUUCCCAUUUUAUAUUAAGAUUAGUGUUUUGUCGUAGUGAAGACUUAAGAAAGAAAUUUAUAAAAAAUGAAGGAAUUUUAUUUAGAAUUAGAUAUAAUUUAUUACAACCUAAAGAACAACAAGAAUUUAUUGAACUGAAUUCGGAUAAAUUAGUAUGGAAAUUUAUUACUAAUGAAGAAAAAUUAGAUAAAUUCGAUCAAUUAUAUAAUGCAUCAGGUUUACUUAUUAAAAAUACUUUAAUGAAUGAUAAUCCAGGUAUAGAAUUUACUAAUGAACAAAUUAAAACUCAUAUAAAAACCAAAGAAAAUUUUAUUAAAUUACCCUUUGAAAAGGUUGCAAAUUUAGUUAGUUCACGGUCAAUUUAUUUAUAUCAAGGUUAUGCAUAUAUUCCUUCAAGUUUACAAUUAAAUUUAAUUGCUACUGAAUUUCAAGAUAGUUUAAAUACAAUGUUAUUAAGAACUUUUCAAACUUUACCAAGAUUAGAAGAAGAUGAUAGAAUUUUACCAUUAUUAAAUAAUUUAAGUUCAAAUUUCUCUAAUAUUCAAUAUGAUAAUUUUAAUAAUAUUGAUCCAUCAUUAGUUAGUGAUAUUAAUCAUCAAUCAAUUCAAACUCCAACUAUAAUUCAACAUUAUCCAUUAUGUUCAAAGAUUUUACAACAAAAUUUAUCAUUAAAUAGUCAUUUAAAAUAUGCUGGUAGACAACAAUUAGGUUUAUUCUUAAAGGGAAUUGGAUUAAAUGUUGAUGAAGCACUUAAAUUUUGGUCAAUUCAAUUUACAAAAAAGAUAUCUAUGGAAAAAUUUAAUAAAGAUUAUAAAUAUAAUAUUAGACAUAAUUAUGGUUUAGAAGGAGCCAGAAUUAAUUAUAAACCUUGGGAUUGUGCUACUAUCCUUUCCAAGCCAAAACCUGGUAAGGGAGAAUUUCAUGGAUGUCCAUAUAGAGAUUUAAGUGUUGAUAAUUUAAUAACUAAUUUAAAUGAAUUAGGAAUUGAAGAUCAACAUCAAAUUAAUGAAAUUAUUGAUGAUGUAGGUAAACGAGAUUAUACUAUUGCCUGUACAAGAGUAUUUGAAAUUACUCAUGCCAAACAAUUAAAUCAACAACAACAAAAAGUUGCAGAAGGAAUGCAUAUAAAUCAUCCAAAUCUUUAUUUUGAUAGAUCAAGACAACUUGAAAGGUCUUUGGAAAAGAAGGAGGCCAGUGUGUAGUUUACUUGAGUAUAAGUUAGUUUAAUUUAGUAUAGUUUUACGUAAGAUUUGAUUUACAGAAGUUGCAAUAUUAUGCAACUCGUGAAGAGUAAUACAUCAAAACAAUACUG